UUAACAGUCACCUCUGGUAACUUAGCGGCGGAAACUUUGCAUUGUAACUUUACUAGCAUUGAAGCAUUCUUUAAUUACUCAACGGAACAUGGUCUCAAUAUUACGGCAGAAAUUGAACAGUGUCCCAAUCUAUGUAUCCUCACGUUUGGUACAGGAAAUCCAGACUUGUCUGGAAUUGGAAUGAUGUACGCUUAUUCAUUCCAAGUCGCAUUAACCAUCAUUUUCGGGCCAGUUCUACGUGGCCUUGAUAUCUUUGACAACAGUCUUCCCCAAUGGGAUGUGUUCUAUCUGAGGAAACUCUUCAAGGAGAUUAUUGACGUGCAAACAAUUUUUUGGGAAUCAAAUGGGUUUCUCAUUAUGGCGUCUGCAGUGGCAACGCUAGUUCGCAUGGGCCAACAUCCUACGAUUUUCGAAAUCGCCGAGAUGCAAAUCUUGAACUUUGUACAGCUUAACUCUCUGUUAGUCAUAUUCUUCUGUCUCAUUCACCCCAUUGCCAGAUGGUGGCAACGUUUCUUACAAUUCCUUUUGGGCUUCGCUCUGGCCACUGCUGCUUUAUCCCAAAGCCAACUAUCAGGACAUUCGGAGACGGACUGGCUGCAGGCAAGCUUAGGCUGCCAGAACGAACCAGCUUUCCGCAAGGUAACACCAGUGCCAUAUAACAAAGCCGUAGUGUACGCGGCUGCCGGCCUGUGUAUAUUGUCAUUCUUUGCGCAGACCACCACCACGGUGUUCCCUCGCAUCCAGCAACGGCCGAGCUUGCGCAGGGUCUUGGCUAUUCUGACGGUCGUGUGGAGUCUGCUGACAACACUAUCUCUUGUUGGCAUGGUGUGGGGGCUAGUCAAGCUCUGGGGUCAGAGAAGUGAGCUCAUUAAGGUAGCAGGACCUGAAUUUGAGGAUAACGAAUGGGGCUUUGGUCAAGUUGCCGCACUCUUUACCUGGUUGCCAAUUCCCGUGGAGAUCUCGUACAAGCUGAAUGGUAUGUCCGAG